CUUCAUUAAGUAUUGAACGGAGACUAACUAACAAUGUAAACAAUGAAUCGCUUCUAAUCACAGUCACUUUUUAUGUGAUUUAUUCAGGAAAGCAGUCAGAAAGUUAUGAUUAGUAAGUCAGUCAUUCAGUUUUUUAUUUUAAAACAACUACAAAGCUGAACAAAGCCAAACCCUGAAUACGCAUAUCAGUUAUUUACUUCAUUCAACUUUACCUUAGAAAUGAUCCCAUAUAAAACGACCAUGGAGAAAAAGAUCAAUGAGUUAAAAAAACGUUUCGAGGAAUUAGAUAAAGAUAAAGAUGGCUCAGUGACAAUGAAGGAAUUCAAAGAGGAAUUGAUAGAUCAAGGGUUUCCAGAAUGCUUAGCUACUAAAUUUAUGUCAAAAUUUGAUCAUGAUAAAGAUGGUAGAAUUACCUUAGACGAAUUCAUCAAAACACUUUUAUGCACGGAUGAUAGUGCUUUUUCACCAAAAGCCGAAUAACCUGUGCGAAAUCAUUCAAGCGUGCAUGUACUUGUAUUCUAUCAAGAUAAAAGAGAGAACAGUUUUUGUCUACCUAUACCGGCUUUAUCUUAUUUAUUGAUUUCAAUUUAUGUCAUGUGUGUUAAGUUAUUUGAAUCAAAAAUAAUUUGUGAACUGUUAGAAAUUUGUUUAAUGGCAUAUUUUUGUUAAGAUAAAUGUAAUAAACGUCUUAAGAAAUGAUGGUU